AUGGGAAUCAGCACGUUACACAACUUAGAGAACCCCGAUUGGGAGCUGAUCGGAUCGCGUACGUAUGAUUGGAGUGGUGAUGAGGUACUACGAUGUAGGCACUGGGAUAAAGUCGCGAUUAGAUGGCAUUUCUGUACAACUGGCUCGCUAACGGGAAAAGAGAGAUGCGAGACGGGGAUCGACUGGGCCGGGCCACAAGAGGAACCAUCGAGAUUCCCGUCUUGGCACAACGCUUUCACUUAUGUGCAUCUACCAAAUAAAACAGAAAGCAAAUAUGUGCGGCUUUCGUUGCCAGGAAUGGGACGAGCUCCAGUAAAAGUUGAGGCAAUCACUCCACUCCGAAUCGAUCUCGAUUGGCGAUGGACAUCUGACGAGAAAUCAUGCAACAAUUUCACUGUCAGAAUGUCCGCUAUGAGCACUAUUGAAAAGCACCGCUUGGGCGAACUAGAGCGAUUUUGUCGUCGCUUCGAUCUCGAUCAUUUCAUUGAUUGUCAUAAUCUU